AUGAUAAGUGAAAGUACUGACGAUUAUAAAUUACUUUAUUGUCCACCAAAAAAUUACUUUAAGGGCUUAAUAAUUGCUUUAUUUAUUCUCAGUUCUUUUAUUCUAUGUUGGUAUCAUGCUUUAUUUCAAAUUAAUUUUACAAAAACAAGUUGGUACGAUAUCAUCGGAACAUUUUUGAUUUUGGAAUUUUUAUACACCGGCCUGUUUAUUGCUGGCCAUGAUGCUAUGCAUGGAGCAAUUUGCAAUCGUUAUCGACAAUUAAAUGAUGUUAUCGGUCAUGUAUGUUUGUCUGCAUAUGCUUGGUUUGAUUAUCGAAUUAUGUAUGAAAAACAUUGGCUACAUCAUAAGCAUACUGGCCUUGCCAAUGAAGAUCCUGAUUAUCACGAUGGUCGGUGUAUAGGAUUUUUUGCUUGGUAUACUCAUUUUCUAAUUGGAUACACUACUAAACAACAGCUAUACAAAAUGACCGUAUGGGUCACUACUCUUCAAGUAGUAUUUUCUGUUCCAUUGCUGAAUAUUAUUGUCUACAUGUUAAUAUGUGGAUUAUGUAGUUCAUUACGUUUAUUUUAUUUUGGUACUUACACUCCACAUCGGCCAGAGUUAGUCGACGGUAAAUAUGACGAAGCGAUGCCAUGGGAAAAAUCAAGAUCAGCUAGUGCAAAUCGAUUAGUUAGUUUUUUAUGUUGCUAUCAUUUUGAUUAUCAUUGGGAACAUCAUCGAUGGCCAUAUGCACCUUGGUGGGAUUUAUGGAAAUGUAAAGAGCUCGCAAAGAAAAUGAAUUAA